UUACCUGUGGUAAGGAAAAUUAAAAAAAUAUAUAUUGAAGGCUGAAGGGCAGAAUUUGUGAUUGUGAAUUUUGUGAUACGUUUUUUUUAUAUUGAGAAGCUUUCGAGAUAUUAUUACAAAUUAAUUGUAACAUAAAUUUGUCAUGAAAUCGUUUUGUGAGAGAUGAGUGUCUUCGGAGAUUUUCAGCGCGUGUGGGUGCAACGUUUUCCAGACAGUACUUUACCAGCCGCUUGGGAGGAAGAUGUCAGAGCCAAUUUGGCAAAACACAAACAGAAAGUUGCUAUACUCAGGGAAGAGUUAGAAAAGGAAGAAUUUUAUGUGUCAUACUUAGAAACCUUACUCUCAGAUGUGGAGAAGCAUAAAGCAGCCCAGGGCAACAGGGCGGUGCCGUCCUCGGGGUCUGACGCGACUGAGUCUGACAACAAGACGUCUGAUAACAAACAGGAGUCAAAUACAGAUUCAUUAUCUAAGAAAAGUGAAGCCAGUCUCACAAGUAGUGUGGACUCUACAACAGAGACUGCAGAAUUUGAAGAGGUGCAGCUAAGAAGCAAACCGGUGCAUCUUGGAGAAAGGAGUUCUGUCAAUCAAUGCAUCAACGAGAUUUCGUCCAACUUGGCAGCUGAAGCACGGAGAAGAUGUCAUAGUGAAGUUGUGCAAAGAACUGAUAAUAUUCAAGAUUCUAAAGUAGCUGUAGAUCAAACAUGUCCAACCCAAGCCAAAAACCGUCCAACGUCACAAACUGGUGAUUUCGUAACAGUCAUCGAAGUUAAUGGUCUGAAACUAGCAGAGAAUGCAUCCAAGAAGGCAGACGAUUCUCCCCAGUCCUCCGAAAGCAGCCCUGUCGAUCCUACGGCAGCAACUAAGAAGAAAGUUCCACCAAAGCCGCCGCCGAAAGUGUUCAGCAAGCGUGGCGCAUCGUUGCCAGAGUCCGGGCUGGCUGAAGAUAGCCCGCCUUCCUCCUUGGGCCGCCGAAUGCGGAAUGCCGAGUCCAGGGAGUCGAUCGCUAGUCGAGCGUCAACGCCCUCUAUUAGCGAAAGGGUGAAAAGUUACGAGAGUAUUAACUCAUUGUCAUCGGAACGUAAGCGGUCUGGUGGGGCGGCUACCCCGCGUUCCAUUGACGAGGAGGUGACGUCCACCACUCCCGACCUCCCGGAAGGAAGUGAAGACAAAUCGGCUCCCAUUUCAUUGGAAAGCAUCCCAGCUGUUGUGCCCACUGAGGACGAACCCUAUUACGACCAAGUGCCUGCUGAUAUGAACGAUGGGGAAUACGUGUAUAUUCAAGCAGGUGGUACAGGAUCCAGCACUGAUGACGGAUCCAGUGGGACGAGUACGUUGGCGCUGAGUGCUGCAGCGAGCGCUCCCCCUGACCCCAGCGCCCCCCGCGCGCCCGACUCCCCGCCUACAGCCACCGCCCCCAACUACGUCAAUAUACACUACUUCAUACAACAAGCAGGCGAAGGGAUGGAGCCCAGUGAAGUGGGAUCAGAACUGGUAGAUUCCACAGACACACCUCUGCUGCUUAGAGCUAUAUCUUCUGACACUGAAGCCAGUGCAACGCCCCCAGUGUUACGUAAAUUACAGACUCAGGAAUCUACUAAUAGCAAUGCUGAGGCCGAGCGACUCACGAUGCACCGCUGUAUUGUCAAGAGCAUUAUUGAAAGUGAAACUGUCUAUGUUGAAUGCCUUUAUGUUAUGGAAAAGUAUAUGAACGCCAUAAAAGCUACGUUAUCAACAUCUCAACCUGUUAUAACCGAAGAAGAAUUCAACACAAUAUUUUACAAGAUAUCAGAAUUGCACGAGUUACAUAAAAAUUUCUUGGAGGGUCUUAAAGCGGCUGUAGCGAGUUGGGAAGAACCAUUGUCUGUUGGAAUUCACUUCAAAAAAAUGGCGGAGAAUAUAAACAUCUACGGCGCUUUCCUACACAACUACGGGCGUGCGACAGACGCGGUGCGGCGGCGCUGCAGCUCGUCGCAGUACUUCGCGGAGCUGACGCGCGAGAUCGCGUGCCGCGGCCAGCCGGUGUCGCUGGACGACUUGCUGCACAAACCCGUCGCCCGCGUGCAGAAGAAUGCGCUCGUCUUGCAUGAUCUCAUUAAAUAUACACCAGCGAGUCACCCCGACCAUACGAUGUUAACUGACGCUCUAAACAUGACUCAACAUUUUCUGGACGAGUUCAACAUUAUACAGACAAAAUCUAUGUUCCCUAAUGCAGAUCGUGCCCAAAGAAGACUGGUUAAAAAUUCAUUUAUUGUAGAACUUUCUGACGGACAUAGAAAAUUAAGGCAUCUCUUUUUAUUUAACGACGUUAUCGCUUGUGCCAAAUAUAAGGCGUCCGGGCGAGACAAGUUCACGUUCGAGCUGAAGUGGUUCAUCCCGCUGCCGGACAUCGUGGUGGUGGAGGAGGAGGCGGGCGCGGAGGCGCGCGAGGCGUCGCCGGCCAACAUCGUGUCGCUCAAGUCGCAGGCGUCCACCGCGCGCGACGCCAUCCUCGCCGACGACGACCGGAAAAUCCGGCUCGGCAGCCGCGGCGCGGCCGAGAAGCAACGCAAGAAGCUGGCCGAGUUGGAAGGGCAGCUGGUGCUGGCGUCGCCGAAUCUCGUGUUCCGCGUGGGGGCGAAGGGGCCGGGUGGAGGCCUGCAGCGCCAACAUGUCUUCUUCUUGAGCUCUGAGUUUGAACGCACACAGUGGAUCGACUCAAUACAUGCGUUACAGGCAUCAUCAGCACCUCCAAUGGGUGCCAGUUCGGUUUCUAUGCUGGAACUCCAAGCGUGGGUGACGGCGUGCCGCAGUUUCCUGCAGACAGACAUGGGCUCGUAUCUCCUGCGAAGCGGCCGCGAUGACUCCUUGCUGCUGGGGGACCUGCAGCUGCAUGUGGGGGGAAUGACCUCGCCGCUUGAUACACAAGCCGACUAUUACAUAGUGGUGGAGAUCGACUCGUACGGCCACUACUUCCGCAAGGCGAAGUCGAAGCUGGUGUGCCGCUCGGCGCAGCCGCGCUGGAACGAGAACUUCACGCUGGACCUGGAGGGGUCGCAGAACUUGCGGCUGCUGCUGUACGAGGACGCGGCCAGGCCCGUGCUCCGGGGGAAAUGCACGCUCAAGCUAUCACGAGAAUGGGCUAACGAGGCGGGCGGAGUGGGGCGCACGGUGUCGCUGGGCGGAGGCUCGCUGCCGCUGCGACUGCGCGUGCUGCCGCCCGAGCGCGAGGCCAGGCGGGUGCCGGCGGCCAAGGCGGGGGCGCUGUUCGGUGCUAAAAUAACACAUGUGGCCAAGCGGGAGAAACGAGACGUACCGUUCAUAAUAAGCGCAUGCGUGCGUGAAGUGGAGCGGCGCGGCAUAACCGAAGUAGGCAUCUACCGUAUAUCCGGGAGUGCCUCUGAUCUCAACCGUCUAAAGAAGAGCUUCGAGACAAACUCUUACGAAGCGGAGCAACUGCUGAAGGAGGUGGACAUCCACUCGGUGACGGGCGUGCUGAAGCUGUACCUGCGCGAGCUGCCCGAGGCCCUGUUCACGGACGCGCUGUACCCGGAGCUGCUGCGCGCCUGGGGCGCCACGCAGGGUGCAGGGACGUCGAUAGAUUCCGGACCGGCGCACACGCGGCGCCACGCUCUGCUCAAGUGCUGCGCCCUGUUGCCCGACUUGAACAAGAACUGUAUAGACUUCCUCCUUAAUCAUUUUGUUAAGGUGAACCAACACGAGCGCGAGAACAAGAUGUCGCUGCACAACCUGGCCACAGUGUUCGGGCCGACGUUGCUGCGGCCCGCCAGCGCCGCCGCCGCCAAGCAGCGCACCGACCUGCUGGCCGCGGGCACUGUGGACGCCAUGGCGCAGGCCGGCAUCUUGUACUGUUUGCUACAGCACCGCCAACUCGCCGCGCAGCUCUCCUCGCACCAGCGCGGACCCAGCAUGAUGGACUGAACUGACUAUACCACUUGUAAAUUAUUAUAACUUUCCACAUAUAGCUAGAACAUAGGCUUUAUAUUCAUGGACCUAUAGGAAGCACCCCCUAUGAAACAUUCGAAUUCGGAAGUCCACAUCGGAAGUGCUCCGCAUAAAACGAUUUCCUAAAUCCACGUUUCUUUAAUUUCUAAAACAAAUAUUUUGACAACACAAUAUAUUGCAUAAAACUACCAUACAAUAUAUUGUGACGAAAUAAUAAAUUCUACUAUUAGGUGCAAAUAAUAGUGAAUCUUACAGUCGAUAUAUGUAAGGUGUACGGAGUAAAGUCUCAGCAUCAAAUCCCCGUACUCAGUAGCCCUUACAAUAUGAUGUUAUUUAAUAAGCUUCGAUUGAUUAUAAAUUGUACUGAGCGAGAUAGACUGUAUGGUUGUUGCUAGCUGAAAACACAGACACCAAAGCUUUAAAUGAUUCUUCCGCAUCGGCAUGAUUUCGUCGAAAUGAUUAUUUCCAAAUAGUUUUUUCCACCAGGAAUGGUGAAGAAUCAGUAUGGUACAUUAUGGUCACUCAAAUUAUUCCCUUACCAUUUGGUUCUCACUCGAAUCGCCACGGCGAGAUAUUUUAUUGGUUUAUUCUUUAUUGUGUUCAUGUGAUUUGUUAUAAUCAAAGAAAACUUAGUGUCAAUAAAAAAUACAGUUCAUGUUACUCAGGCUUACUUCGCUUCCAUCUAUGACAAUCUGAUAUAGUUGCUUUAAUAUAAAUAAAGCCAAUACUAAACACAAACUAUCACAAAAUAUUUAUUUUACUUGCUACAUGUAGUUCACAAUUUUACACCAUUUACCAAGGGUAUUUGAAAAGUUUUGGAAGAUUUUUAUUAUAGGAGCUUGAAUCGUAAAUGGGUGAGACAUCCAGAAUUGUAUUGUUUGUUUGUAAAAUACAAUGCAAAUAAACCAUUGGUAGCUGUAAUUUCUAAUAGUUAUUUUUCGUUUAACAUAAAUAUUUAUCAACAAAAAUAUUAAAUAUACAUACAUUCCAGAAAUUAAAGUAUAGACUGACUACAAGUAUUAAUUAGGUGGAAAUAUCAUUUAUGCGAAAUUUAGAAUAUAUGACGAAAAUAAAAGUUUCUGACUGUCUUAUAAUGUUCACAAACAUUUUGAAACUAUAUUAGUUAUACGUUUUGUUCUCUAUUAGUAAGGCUGAUAAAAAUAACUACUCUGGUAAAAAGGAAUGAAAGACGAAAUUGAAUUGAAUAGUUAAAGAAAAUAAUAUAAUAACCAUGAAAGUGUCAUCAAGUGGAGUUUGACAAGCAGAAAUAUUAACAAGUAUUAUGAAAAGGGACCGAAAAUAAUUAUAAAAAUUGUGGCAGACUGAUAAUAUAAAGUACGUGAAGUAUGCAAUUUUCCAUACUUAUUGUGAUUCAAUAAUAAACCAUUUGUUGAUGACCAUUUUAUUUAUACUUAUAAUGAACUAUUAGUCAGCGAAUUAAAGAAUUUCUUAUGAAACUAUUUUAGCAUUUUAAAUGCUAGUCGUAUGAAUUAUUUGGUACUGUUAUGUUUUAUUAUGACUAGAUUCGUUAAAAUAUAGGUUUAUUUUAAGGCGGAUAUUUGCGGUGUGUUGGCAAACUACUUUUUAAUAUAGGUAUAAUAUAGGUAAUACGCUAGGCGUAUUACCUAUAUUAUUCUCAGGUUUAAAGUUAAAAAAAGAUGAGCUCAUAUACCGGUUCAAAAUAUAAACCUAUUCCCCGUCACAUUGCAAGCAUCCACUAAUAUAGUGUAUAUAUUUAUUUAAUUUUCUCUCUAAUAUUUUGAGAGGACCCACUAGCUAUCACUAUGUUAGAUUAUCUUAUUUUCACAAGUAGUUUAGGUCGUGUUACAUUAGUACUUAAUUAAUAGAAAUAAAUCUUACCAAAAAAAUCUUAGAACAAAGUUACUUCAUUUACAAAAGUUGUGUAGAUUUUGUUGAAAGACAUUUAACAUUUAGUUUACGAUGGUUUGUGUUGAAUGUAAUAUAUUGAAGUUAAGUCUAUAUUGUAUUAUCUUUUAGAUUCAGAAUCACUUGUGUUUCUCUUCGCCAAAGAUCAUUCUUUAUAAUUGUCACAUGUGUGUGUGUAUAAAAAUGUUCAUUCUGUAACAUGGCCAAAAUUGCAAUUUAUUACUUGAUUGAGCCUGUUUGAAUCCUGAGUCUUUUCUUAGAGCUUAUUAUAGGUAGCUUUCACAGGUAUCAUUUGUAUUAUAGUAUUAGUAAUGAUCAAAGUUUUCAUGGACUAUGAAUUCACUUAUUUACUUCACAAUUUUUAUUUUGUGUUGCGUCUGACAGGCGAUGAAUGUGUUUAGUUAACAAAGAUAAUCUGGUCCCACCUUUAUACGGCAACACUAAUAUUAAAGAGACCUUCAGUGAAAUUAUUGAAAAUGUAUUAUUCAAAGCACUGAUAUACAGGGAAAAAAAUUGUAUGCCGAUAAUGCAAAAGGCUUUAAAAUAUAAAUUGUAAAACAGUAGGUAACCUUUCCGGUAUUUAUACUGCCUUAGUAUUUUUAAAUAUUUUUCACACAAUUCCAUUACUUGCACCUAGGGACAUAACAACUGCCUUCAUUAUCUUUUGUGUAAAUUAAAUAGUAUUAUUAUAUGUCUUUUGGAAGCAAUUCAUUUAUAUUAAUAAAUUGCCAUGUUUUACUUAUAUCACAUGCAUCUAGUGAGGCACAAAAUACUUAAUUUUAAUUUUACAUUUAAUUACACGGAAUUAAAAUACACAUUACAUUUAACUUCAUGGAAUUAAAUGUUUUUUGUUUUGUAAGAUAAAUGAAUUGGAUUAUGCUAGUAACGAGCCCCAUAUACAUCACAAUUAAUGAUUAGAUAUUUAGAAAAUGAAAGUACUGUUUUGUUAGUUUCUUUUUUAGAGGUAUCCCUCGAAGCGCACUUGUUUUGAGCGCACCCGUCGAAUCGCACCACAAUUAUUCUUCGAACCGAAUUAUUAAUAAUAUAUAAAUAUACCUAUAUUUCUGUCCAUAUGAUACUUUGGUAAAUAAACGAAAUUAAACGAUUAUCGAUAUCAUUAUUAUGUUAACUUCAUGUUCUUCCCUAUAUUUAAGCGUAGGUGCGUUUCAAGGAAAAAAUAAUAAUUUUUAAUAUUCCUCUAAGGGCACUCUUUUGGUUGCGGUUCGAAGAACAAUUUUGGUGCGCUUCGACGGGUGCGCUCAAAACAAGUGCGCUUCGAUGAAUAUCUUCUUUUUUAUACAAUCUGAAAUUGUAUACCUGUUGCUUAUUGCUGCCAAAUUAACUAUUGCCAAUUAUUUAUACUAAAAUUUGUAACAACCUGUAGUAUAAAUAUUGUCUAGAUUCUAGGAUGUUUAGUCUCAAUUUCUAAUAGUACCUACCGUGCAGUUAAUAAUUUUAAAUAAGGAGACAUUAUUUAAAAUUUUUAUUAAGGAUAAAGGUCACUUUUUGUAAGAACAAAAUGCUUGUGAAAGAACCACUAAAUGUUUUGAUGAAGAUUUUAAUGCUUCAAAUUCAAAGAGUAAUGCAAAAUAUAUAUAGACUUUUUGUUUUGCCUGAAGUAUAAGUACAUUCAACUAAAUGUCAAAUCAAUUUGAUAAAGAUCUUUAUAUCUUUGCAUCUACUUCUUGAAUUUCUGAAUUUAUUCAACCCGUAUACAAUAUGUUACCCUGUAAUCAUUGUCUACUUUCUAUUAAUUAUAUUUUAGUAAUGACUAAAUAACCCAGCUGUAUUAUAAAGUAUUUACAAUAUUUAGUUAUUAAUAAUCACCCAAAACAUUAUAUUAAAUUUUUGUAUAUAUAAAUGACACUAAAAUGUAGUUACGUAACUUGCAAUAAAAUGUAUUUUUAAUACACAUUUA